GCCUGCUGCGCUGUCACACUAUUGUCGAGUCAACGUCAAACGUCACUUGCCCCUUUAUAAUUUCUUUUUUCCUUCCUGCAUUUUGCGUUUGCCUUUUUGUGUUAAAGGAAAAAAAUUAUAAAAAUUAAUUUUGUUAGAAGUUUGUGAACUACAACUUCUAAUCUAAGUCCUGAUUUGUAUUAAUAUGAGUGAUGCACCCAAUCAAAAUGGAUCAGGUCUAGAACAGCAGUUUGCUGGUCUGGACUUGCAGAGCCGCGGUACAAGCGGUCGCUACGUUCCCCCACAUCUCCGUAAUAAGCAGAGCAGCGGUGGUGGAUCUCAACCAGAGUCUGGUGGCGGUUACGACAGCAGAGACCGCGAACGCGGCGAACCUAGAAGCGGCGGCGGUGGAGGCGGCGGUAGAGGCUACAAUAGUAGGGGCGGCGGGAACUCUCGUGAUAGCAGAGGCGGCGAUUUCUCCAAUUUCAAUACCAGGGGUAGACGCGAUUAUCCCAAUGGGGAGACGUCCGAACGUGGAGAAGAUUGGGGACGUGGUGGUGGUGGAGGCGGUGGCGGUGGUGGUUCCCGUAAUCAAGACAGGGAUCGCGAGUUGCCCCGCAAUGAUCGUUGGCAAGAACCAGAGCGCCCAAGUGGCGGAGGUCGCUGGAACGAAGGUGGCAACAGCGGAGGCGGUGGCGGUAGAUGGAAUGACAAUAGAGACAACAGAAGAAACGACGGCGACUGGACCGUUCCCUUGCCACGUGACGAACGUGUCGAACUCGAACUGUUUGGCACAGGCAACACUGGCAUUAAUUUUAGCAAAUAUGAAGAUAUACCUGUUGAAGCAACCGGGGAUAAUGUCCCAGCUCACAUUGCAUCUUUUGAAGAAGUACAGUUGACAGAGAUCAUAAGAAGCAACAUUGCCGCUACUCGAUAUGACACCCCAACUCCAGUACAAAAGUACGCGAUUCCGAUCAUCUUGGCCAGACGUGACGUUAUGGCCUGCGCCCAAACUGGUUCUGGCAAAACGGCCGCGUUUCUUGUGCCGAUCCUGAACCAAAUGUACGAAGGCGGGCCUCCGAACAUACAACAGGGUCGCAGCAGGCGCAAGCAGUACCCUCUGGGAUUGGUUUUGGCACCCACCCGUGAACUCGCCACCCAGAUUUACGAUGAAAGCAAGAAAUUUGCUUAUAGAUCCAGAGUAAAACCAUGCGUUGUUUAUGGUGGCGCAAAUAUAGUUGAUCAAUUGAGAGACCUCGACCGAGGUUGCCAUUUAUUGGUCGCCACUCCCGGUCGUCUAUUAGACAUGAUCGAUCGUGGUCGCAUCGGUCUAGAUUAUUGCCGAUACCUGGUUCUGGACGAGGCCGACAGAAUGUUGGACAUGGGUUUCGAAAUCCAAAUUCGUCGCAUCGUCGAAAAAGAGUCGAUGCCUCGCACCGGGGAAAGGCAAACGCUUAUGUUUUCGGCCACUUUUCCGCACCCCAUUCAAAUGCUGGCCAGAGAUUUCUUAGAUAACUAUAUUUUCUUAGCUGUCGGACGUGUUGGAUCUACGUCUGAGAAUAUCACUCAAAAGGUUGUUUGGGUUGAAGAACACGACAAAAGAUCAUUUUUGCUUGAUUUGUUGAAUGUAGCUGACCUCAAUAAACCAUCCGCAGAAAGCUUAACAUUAGUUUUUGUUGAAACUAAGAAAGGUGCUGAUUCUUUAGAAGAUUUCUUGCAUCAAGAAGGUUACCCAGUAACCUCUAUACACGGUGACAGAACUCAACGUGAAAGAGAAGACGCCCUGCGACAAUUCCGUUCUGGAAAUACACCCAUUUUGGUUGCCACAGCAGUGGCUGCUCGUGGCCUUGAUAUACCUCACGUCACCCACGUAAUCAACUUCGAUUUGCCAUCCGACAUUGAAGAGUACGUGCACAGGAUCGGCAGAACCGGUAGAAUGGGUAACUUAGGUUUGGCAACGUCGUUUUUCAAUGACAGGAACCGGAAUUUGGCCAACGGUAUGUUGGAUUUGCUUGUAGAAGCCAAACAAGAGUGUCCAUCUUGGAUGGAGAGUGUUGCUUCUGACAGUAGAAUGCCUAGUUCUGGCAGAAGAGGCGGUGGCAAGAGCCGUUACGGAGGAAACGGGGGCAGCAGUUUUGGUAGCAGAGAUUACCGUCAACAAUCUGGAAGUUCUCAAAGAUCUAAACCCAGUGGAGGCGGUUAUGGUAAUAAUGGAUAUGGUAAUGGAGGAGGUAUGGAUAGAGGAGCCAAUUUUGGAGGCAACUACAACAAUUCAAACAGCCACGAUGAUUGGUGGUAAAUUGAAGUCAAUCAUUUUGAUUGCCUCUUUAUUUGUGUGUCCGAGGAAAAACAAUUAACUGAAAAGGAGAAAUAUAUUACGCUAUUUACUUAGGUGGACAAUGCAUUUUAUUUUAAUGUUAGGAUAAAAUAUUAACCAUUUUCUUAAAAAAUAUUCAAUCUCGAGUUUGAGAGGACAUUUUUUAAAUAUACAUAUUUAUUAAUGACGUAAAAAAUCGAUUCUCUUUUAUUGCAAGCAUACAUACGUACAUAGGCAUUGUAUAACUACCAGAAAAAAAAAUAGGUUAUAAUAAUUAUUAUUCGUAAUAAAAAUUAUUAGGUUUUGUCAAAACUUACAAAGGCUCUUUUGUGAUUUUUUUUUUGUUUUCCUUCCUAUAAUAAAAAAAUGACAA